UCGCGACCCCCUCCACCCCCCCGAUCGCGUUGACAAACCCCCCCCCAGCUCACGACUCCGCUUCGAUUGGCAUUUAAACAUUUUUUAAUGUCAUCGACCUCGGCGGUGUGCCGAGCGAGCUGACGAGCUCGUCCAGCCAGGCACCCACCAAAGGCGACCCCCUCCUCCUCCUCCACAUGUCUCGGCUGUGGUCUGAAGCAGCAGGGUAAAGGUGAAGCUGUGCAAUUUCUCACUCGCCCCUGUGCUGUCAGAAGGAGCUCUACCGGCACAAGGCUCAUUCAGCACACGACGUCGCUGAAGGAGGAUUGCGUGACCCUCCGUUCCACCUGUGUGCGUUAAGAGGUGGACGUCAACUCGACUCGGGUGACAACCUUCACCCACCAACUCGCCUGGCCAUGUCACCGCCAGACCUAUAGGCAGUGACCACCACUCCACCUAUGCAGUAACCACCACUCCUCACGAUGGACGCCGCAUCUCAGCAGACAAGAACGGGGGUGGUGGCACCUGGAGACCGAGGAGAUGGAGGAAAAGGAAGAGGAGGAGGAGGAGGGGACGAGAGGCAUGCGCUGCUCUCCUGUGCCACCGUAACGUGGUUGGCGAGGAGCUUGCGGAUGCCGCUGCCGGCCGUCGUGUUUGCCCAAUCGCCCGAGGGCCCUGGCACCGCACCCUGUGCCACCGGAGCCUCUGGCGAGACGGGGCCGGCGGUGGAGGAGGAGGAGACGGGAUGGGAGCGAGUGCGAGACGUCUUCCAUGCGCAGUACCCGUACCCGCAGGAGCUGGGAUUGCUGAUGGUGGGCACCACCGUGGGUCUGAUCGGCGGCUUCGUGGGGAGCGGCGUCCCGGCGGCCCAACUCGCGCGCGAGCGCUUCAUGGAGCGCAGAUACGGCGAGGUCUACUCGCACCGCAUCGAGGCCGUGCGCGCCGUUCACAACGUGGCAAUCAAAGCGUUCAUCCGUGCAGGUGUCCCCAUGGCGCUGAGGGUCGGCUUCUUCAUGACCAUCUUCAAUGGCAUUGGAAUCGGCCUCGGCGCUUACCGAGGAAAAGGCACCGUGGGGAAUUACAUCACGGGUGGAGCACUCGCCGGAGGCAUCAUGCGUCUGUCCCUCGGACCCCGGGGCUUUGUGGGAGGAGCCUUCAUCGGAUCCGUGCUGGGACUGCCGGUUGGCGUGCUGAUGCGCGCGUCCCAGUGGCUGAGCAGCGAGACGCCGCAGGAGAAGCGUCUCCGCCUGCGCAGAGAGAAGCGGGAGAGGGUGGAGCGUGACAGGGAUGAGCGACAGUGGGCGACGGAGAAGCUACUCACCUUCAUGGAGAGCAGUGUCACGGGCGAGGAUGACUUGCACCAGAUCAACGAGAUCCUCGCUCGCCCGCCAAACCCCGGCGCGCCGGUGGCACGAGCGGAGACGGUGCACGAGGAGGGACGGGCACGGGAAAACCUGGAGAGAGAAAUGCCUUCGUGCACAAGCACAUAGACAACGAUUCCACCUAUAGCCUUUCGCAGGCCGUCGUGGCAAGCGCUGCUAACGAGCACUUAUUGAGGCCGGCACAGCGAACAAGGUGGUGGCCUGGCCAGAACCACACAUUCCUGGCCACCACUGGGGUGUUCUACACUCCGUAGCACCAGGUGGGGGAAGGGGGGUUAGAGGGGUAGGCCCAGGACCGGUUCAGAUAUCCAUCACCGACGGUGCCCGCGAGCGGGAAAUCGAACUCGGGAAUCGGCGCUUUCGUAGCGCGCGGCGCGGCCAAACCACUGUGGGUGGGAGCGAACUUUGACCUUGACGUAGACACUGGUACCGCAAGCUGGCGGAAGCGGUGCUGAGUGACACCGGCAAUGAACUGCCGCUCCUCCGUGGGAACUCGCUCGUAGCGAAUUGCACGCCGAACCCCAUGGGGGUGCGCGGUGGGGUGUGGG